AUGGUUUUCAAACGCUACAAAGGUGUAAUUCGUUCUGGGAACACGUUACGACUCACUAAUUGUGGGUAUCUGGAGCAAUAUUCCAAGAAUUCUACUAUCGAAAUGGUUGGAUCUAGCUCUCAUGCUGAGUGCUUUGAUGACCAGGGGAUGAAAUUUCUGGAUUCCUUCAAUGUUUGUUAUUCUCUGAAUAAAAAGCGUCGGUGGAACCUACCAGAAAUUAUCAAAGGACAACUUGGAAAGAGCUUGGAAAGUUUAGAUUGUAGUGUGGUUUUAGUGGAACUACACUGCAUAAAAGGAUUAAAUAACUGUUUGGGAUUUUUCAGUAAUGAAGGACGCAUUCGUCAGUUGAUUCCGACCAAAAAGAAAUAUUUGAAUUAUGGAAGUGUCAUUAAUGUGAACAGAACAUCGAAACUGACGGAUUCAUCAAGCGAAUGUGGACAAAUGACGAUGGGAGGUAACCAUGACCUAGCAGACGAUUCGACAAAUAAUUUAUUGUAUAGGGCGGUUUAUCCAGCUGAUAUCAAUAGCUCGAAUAUCUAUUCGGAUCCUACAAUAGCUAAGUAUAAAAGCAGGGGCAAACCAUGGGUAUCACUAAGUGAUACGGCAUCGAAAUCUAAAAUUCCUAAAUGCAAAAAGCGCAUUGUGAAUUUGGAUGAGCAUAUUUUGGUUUUAGAUGAAGAACAGGAGGAUGAGUUGCGCUUCAAUACAAGAGUUGCUUCCGAUGGCUCAUACAAACCAACCGUUUUGGUCUAUGAUUAUUUAUGCCACAAAUCUAGGACUAGAACGAGUCGGUCCCCAAGGCGAAGACACCGUGGUGCUAAAAGAAAAACAUCUAUGCCAGUGAAACUUUUCUUUAUAGAAGAUGGUAAUGAGAGUUCGUCUGAUGACAAUCUCCCUGACGAGGGAUUUAUCGAUGAUUGCCCAGAACGUAUUGUAUCAAUGGAUUCUGAAAAUAAUGAAGAUACCAAUUUUGUUCCCGUGAGAGUUGUCCUACCUAAAGAAGACGUCUCUACUGAACAUUUAAAUUGUAGAUUUCAGGACAAGGUUUCCUUUCCAAAAUGUCGUCCAAGAAAAUUUUGUAUUGAUAUACAAAAUGACGUCAUAUUGACCUUGAAAAAAUCGGUGUUUUUCAAGAAGGUCGUUUGGCAAAAGCUUGACUUGUCUUCAUAUUUAGUUUUCAGUUUUGUAGGCAUCUACGAUACUCUUCAUGAUGUGUAUGAGGUCAAUAUCAAUAUUCCCAACAAGCAGACGAUCGUUCGUAUUGAUACCAUGUACGACAUGAUGGUCAUUGACUUGGAAGACGUUUAUUUUCGGACCCUCAAAUACAUAGAAGGAUUUCUUCUACCAGAGACGUUCAUCGAUAAAGAGAAGCUUCAUCUUAAAGCUCGCCUGAGUUUAGAAUUCAAAACAAUUUUCCCAAUCACUGUAAAAGAGACCAACGACCAAGACCUUAAUGAUGUGAUGAACGAACAAAGCAAGAAUAAUAGUAAACAUUUGGUCUCUAAUACGAACGAAAACCUCGAAAAUCAUGAGAUGGUUUUAGACGGUGCUGUCAAGUUCUGUGGCAUUUGUUUGAAAGGUCUUGCGGAUAUAGCCGCAACAUAUUUACAAGAAUGUGGUCAUUGUUUUUGCAAUACAUGCUGGAAAGAACAUUUACACUUGGAACUGCUUCAGAGAAAAGACAAAAUCAAUUGUCCAGAUUGUGAAGAGGUUGUAGAUUAUGCAUCUAUGCUGACCUUAGCAAAUAUUCAUCAUAUACAAUUGUGGAAGAUGGAGCAACUUGCUAAAAGAUGUGCUUUUGAUACCAAAUGUCCAAAUAUUCAAUGUGGUCUAACGGUUAGAGCGAUUUUAAAACACAAUGUUGGUGUUUGUCAUUGUGGUGCUGUGGUAUGUUUGACUUGUGGUAUGGAAGGUCACUGGCCAGCAACGUGUGAUCAAUAUGAACAAUAUAGUAGAAAGAUAGAUUCUUCUGGAAUGCGUACUAAAUCUUAUUUUGAGCACAACAAAACACAACCAGGCAAAAAUUGUCCAACUUGUCAUAAAUUUCUGGUCAGUAAAUCUCGUUCUCCCUUUAUGGUGUGCGCUCAUUGUGGGCAAGAUUUCUGCUGGUCUUGUUUAACACCUGAGGAAAAACACCCAAAUGAUAGAUAUUGGUGCUAUAAGAUGGAACCAACUGAGGGAACGCACCUACAAAUCGUUACAGAUAUACUUGGAGACUUUACGGUCGGUGACCAAUACUACGUACGUGCUGUAAAGAGUCGAAAAAUGCGAGAUCCAAAACACAUUAAAUACAUGCAUAGACUCGUUAGUAGGGCUCGAUCAAAGAUACUUUGGUGGGAUCACAAGAAUUCUGUAUAUCAAAAAUUGUUAGUAUACAAAUUAUUCGCUGAUAUUGUAGAUCUUAUCGUGGAACUGAAUUUUGCUUCUGAAUUUUGUUUUGUUAUUUUGGAAUAUGAACGGAGGAGACAUACAGAAUUGAUGUUCGGGGUUCGAGAUAUAGCUCCACGUUUGCAAACUAUAUCGUUUGAUCUCUAUGACAUCCUUAGUUCUUUGCAUACACAGAAUAGACGAAAAACAUUGUUCAAACUACAACAAUUGAAGAAUUCAGGACAGAGCACUCUCGUAUCCCUUUUGAAUUUGGUUUGCAAACAUAGAGCUUGCUAA